AUGUCAGAUUCAGAUACUGAAUACUGCUUUACCCCAACCCACACGACAAUCCCUCAGGAAGACCACGAUAGCCAGUCUACCAGCCUACGCCUAUCUCCGCCACUCGCUAACGAAACCUUUAUAAUCCGACACCCCCAAACCAACCUCGUUGUCACCCUCAAAAACAGCAAACUAUGCCUUCACACCCUCGAAUUCACCGACACAAAUUGCCACUGGCGGGUAAUCGAAGCUGCGAGCGGCUGGCUUGGAUUCCGAAACAUUCACUCAGACACAUACAUAAUGCAUAAUAAUAGCUGGAAUAACUGGAAGUUCGUCGCGGAUGUGAAGCAUCAUUCACUGUGGGAAUAUUUCUCGACAAGGCCUGGCCCGGAUGCACGCCACGAGCUACUUGUUAUGUAUAACUUUGGGUUUCGGGGCAUGAGGGUUGGUGGAGAGGAGGGUAUGGAGCUCAUGGUUGCUGAGCGCGGGGAGAGAGGUGUUGCGUGGGAGUUUAUUAAGGUUAGCUAG